AUGGAAGCGACGAAGCAUUCUCGAGCUUACAUGAACCAACAAAAUUCCGGUUUCAAAAAGGCAACAUGCUGUCAGCUAGUCAAGUUGGAAGACGAUAUUCUGGCAGAAAUCCCACACAAUCUAGCAGGAACCGAAUCGCAUCCAAACGCAGGUCUCCCCAAUUAUGAUCCAAUCAUGCUGUUCUACUAG